AUGAUGAGAUGUGUAUUUACGAGGGGAAUCAAUUGCCUAAUUAGGCGAUCCAACACGAAGAAAGACAGAGAGGAACCGAUCGGCAUCUCCGGCUGCCUAUUGCGAUCGGAUGGCCUGGUAGCCCGACGGCAAGAAGUUCUCGUCUCCAAAACUUGCAAAAACUUCCUCAAUUCGUUCCAGAUCUUCCUCAUCCUUCUCCUUGCCUCACCAGCUCUUGGAGCUCCGCAAGCGGCGUACCAAUUAUUUGCUCUUUCUCCCUUCCGGCUCGACUUCAACGGCCAUAACUUAGAGGAGUCGCACUUCCAUGGCAGCAAGAGAGCAUCGCCACUCUCUGAAGCCGCCAUCGCUUCCGCUAAGGGCCAGCAAGUCCUACUGCUAUUGCCGCAAGGGAUGCCCGCUUCCGCCGCCCUGACCGACGCGCUCAAGCAAAAGUUCCCUGAGGCCGAGGAGGUCACGGUCCACCCUCGGCUCCAGAAACUCCAGGAUAAAGCUGAUGAGGUUGUGGCGGCACGAGUGGAGAUGCACAAGGCCGUUGAUACGCCUCAAAGCAAAUGGGAAACUGUUGUUGAAGGUUCCGGUGCCGAGCAGGUAGCCGAAGUUAGCGACACCGUUGUCGAGGUCACCGGCGUCAAGGGGAUUCAUGACGUCGAGGAAGAGGUGCUUAGUGCGGAAACAAAAGAUUCAACUGCCACCGAGACCAAGGAGGCCACUACCGCUUCAAGCAAGGAAUCCCCAACCAGCAGCGAGGAAGCCAAAGAGCUCCACAAGCAACCGAAAGAGGAGGUCCAGCUCGCCAAAAAGUCUCCAAAGCUCUCCCCGCUAGAGGAAAUCCUGGUUCACAAACUCUCUGAAGAUGGUGACGUCAAGGAAUCCGCCGACUUGGGCAAGGUCAUUGAAGAAAUCAGGGGUGAUGGGGAUGAGAAGCAGCUGGAUAGCGCUGAAGUUGAAACUAAGCCGACUACCACGAUAUCGACAACUACUGAAGCCCCAAUGACUACUGAAAGUCUUGUGCAUGAGCUAUCCAAGGCGCUCAAUAGCACAAUAUCGGAGGCAGUAGCCGAAGAGAAAGUGGAAAUGGAAGUUCCGAAGAAGAUGGGCAAUGAGGAGAGGGAAAAGCCGAAUCCGAUGCAAGGGUUGAUGGGAAUGGAUGAGCAUAGUAGCUCCUCGGAGUCGAAGACUUCCAAGAUUGUUGAUGGCGAGAGUGGGGAGAUGAAAGCUGAAGCCACAGAGAAGGAAAGCGCUGAAGAUAAAGUUGAACCGACAACGCUAGAACCGGUAACGACAACAACUACUGGAGCUCCAGUGGAGACCACCACCGUAGAGGUCAAGGAAAAGGAGAAGGAGAAAUCCGUGUUCAAGCAGAUUUGGCCAACGGAGGUCGUGAUUGAGGGUCGUGAGUUCUACCUAGUGCCAAAAGGCGCCCGAGCGCGCGACUACUUGGAGCCGUACAGGGGUGGUGGCUAUAUGGUGAAGCAAUCGGCUGACGAUUGGUUCAGAGGACUGCAUAGGCAACUCAACGAGGCC